AUGGAUUGGUAUAGAAGAAGUGACCAUUAUGAGUAUGAUGUGCAUAAGGUUGUUUUAUCUACUAAUCCUACAUUUAACCCUCACAAUUAUGUAGUUGCAGUCAUUUACAGUGUGCGUCAAUGUCUUGCUUUCUUAAAAGCUGGACAAAAGAAUUGGACUUAUAUUGAUGAUAUUCAUCAUCUCUUCAGUGAUGUUAUAUUCUACAAAGGUUUAGUUUAUGUCGUGGGACUAGAGAAUAACAUUGUAUCUUGUGAUUUGUCGAAUUUAACGGAGGAAAAGGUUAUUCCCAAAGUUGUUUCUUCAAUGGGGGAUGAUUAUGCUCAUCGAGCUUAUCUUGUAAAAUCAUUGGAAGGAGAUUUAUGGCUUGUAAGAAAAUUUAUUGGGUAUCAUGGUGACGAAGAUGAUGAAGAUAAUAUCGAGCCUAGUAGUGGUGCGAAAAGAUUUGAAGUAUAUAAUUUAGAAUUGGAUCUUCAAACAGGUGAACUUAUACAAAUGUUAAAAAUUGAUAGUUUGGGAGACAAUGUCUUAUUUGUGGGUGAUAGCGAUUCUCUUGCUGUGUCAGCUUCAUAUUUUUCUAAUUAUCUUCAAAAGGAUUCAAUUUAUUAUACGGACGAUUUUUAUGGAGACAUAUCACCUUACCCUAAUGGACCAUUUGAUUUAAAAAUCUCCAAUGUGAAAGAAAAAAGGCUUAGUCAACAUUGCCCUUUUUAUCAUUGGUUUAAAGAAAAUCCACCUGCAGUAUGGGUUAUGCCACCAUUAAUGGGAUUCACUAUUUCAAAUUGA